AACUCCCUCUCUCUCCCACUUCUUCUUCUCCUUCUUCUUCUCCUCAACUUUCAUGGCCAUGACCAUGAGUGACAACAUGCCUGCCUCCAACGACUGGUUCCAAUUCUACCAACAACCACAAGAUUUUCACGGCGUGCCUUCGUCUUCCAUUUCCGACGCCACCGCGGUCACCACCGUCGUCUCCACUGCCGGCGUGACCACCUCUAGUUCGCCAUUGAUUCCCAUGCUCAAUUCCACCUCAUCAGCAGCAUCAACAUCUACCACCACCCACCUCAGCCCUGAAGGCCGAGUCGCAAAGCCCAUCCGACGACGCUCCCGGGCUUCCCGCCGAACUCCGACCACUCUCCUGAACACAGACACCACCAACUUCCGUGCCAUGGUGCAGCAAUUCACCGGCGGCCCAAGUGCACCCUUUGCACCAACCCCAUCUUCAUCAGGCUUGGCCAGCCUUGGCUUCGGGUUCGGCCUCGGCCCGCGACAGGCCCAUAUAAGCCCAACCGGUGGGCUCAUGGUGGGCCCACCACCAGCAGGCUACCAUCUUCAGCCGCAGCAACAACCACAGAUCUUUCAGCAGCAAAACUUGGCAUUUAACACAGAAGGCGGAGAUCAGAGUAGGUUCUUUCAGAGACUACAAAGUAAUAGUAACAAUAACAACAACAACAAUCCAAGGGCUUCAAAUAAUGCUACUGAUCUUGGGAUUGGUGGGUUUGUUAUGGAUCAUGGAAGCUUAGGUCGUUUCUUUCCAAGUACGUCUUGAAUUAUUGAUUUUGAGAAAUGUCCGAUGAAGAAGAUGAAGAAAUUUACUGUUCAGGAACCCGGAUAGGUCGUCUUGUUCAAUGGGAACAAGGGGAAGCAUUUUGCUUUGGUGUUGAUCGAUGAGAGUGACAUAAAGCAGACAAUUAGGUGCUAACUUAGGGAGAAUUGUUGACCAACCCUUGUAAAAUAUAUUUAUAGUGCACACCUUUUUUUUCUUUUAUUUUCUUUUAUUGUUUUAUCUUUUAUUUUAUUGGUUUUCUUUCUUGGGUGAAUGAAAUUGUGGGCGACGCUUCUAGAUACCUUUAUUGUAAAGGUGUUUUUUUUUUUUUGGGAGGGAGUUUAAAUGUAUACAUUAUCAAUCAAAUAAAAAAAAAAUCAAGGAUUAGUGUUUUAGCUUUGAAA